UGAUACGUUAAUACAUCAUAAUAUGUACCACAAGUCAUUCUAAAUAUUUUUCGACUUUUAUGAUUAAACGAAGUAUUAAAAACAAAAUAAAUUAUUUUAUAUUUUAGUUAUAUUAGUUAACAUUGGACAACGACUGGCGAAAUUUAAGUAAGGGGUGCGCAUUCGUACUCAAAGCGAACACACAGUGCGUAAGAGAAAAGUUUGAGAACCUUUGUUGUAAAUGUUUUGUUUUGUGUUCCCACAGAUACCUCCUCUUAAACCGCUUCAUCCAAUGUUAGUUACACAAUCUGAGAGAUUGGUGUUUGUAUCGUCUGCUUGUGUUUUAAAUUUCACGAUUUCUACUUCGACUGUACGUGUCUUCAAAACACAAUGGAGGUGCUAAAUGAUCGUCGAGAUAUUAUAGAGUUCGCUAACAGUGCUGCUCAGGACCAAGGGAUCGAGAACUGUACAAUAGUCGACGUAAAAACCAACGAAAAAGGUGAAGGAUAUUUAAGCCAAAUAUACAUGAUCACGGUCAAGGAUACUGCUACUAGUAAGCAACUUGAUUUUGUAAUAAAGUCAGCUUUCAAAGAUGACAAUAUCAGAAACUAUUCAUCCAUAGCACGGACCUUCUUGAACGAAAUUUAUUUUUAUACGGACGUGUCUCCACAGUUGCAGAAAAUAGAGAUUGAAAACGGAAUAUCACCCACUCACUUUGUACCAAAAUGCUACAAAGUAUCUUCCGACGAUAAAGACGAAAUGUUGUGUUUCGAAAAUUUGAAAGCGGCGAAUUUUGAAAUGUUUGAUAAGUCGUUAGUUUUGGACGAUGAGCAUGUGAGUUUUAUUUUUACAACUUAUGGCCGUUUCCACGGAUAUGGGUUUGCUUUAAAAGAUCUGCAACCGGAAGAAUAUGUUCGUAUCACUGAUAAAAUUUACAAUAUGUACGAAGAGUUAAUGACUAAGCCCGAUGGCUAUUUUAGACCAUAUUUAAAAUCGCUUAGUAUACUGGUUGAGAAGUAUCUUGUGACGGGAGAAGACGAUGAGCUGAUAAAAAAAUAUGAAAAAUACAGAGGUGACGGUAUUGCUGAUAUUUUCCACAGUGUUGUAACUGAAGAUUGUGAUUACUCAACUAUCUUGCACGGGGAUUGUUGGAGCAACAACAUGAUGUUCAAAUAUGAGACGAAUAACAAUGAUAAGAAAUUGAUCGAGAUGCGACUUCUAGAUUUACAGCUGAUGAAAACAGGAAGUCCUGUUUGUGAUCUAUCUUAUUGUCUUUAUUCAGGCGCCUCUAAGUCAGUCUUUGACAAUUUGGAAAAAUAUUUGAAAACUUAUUACGACAGUUUGUCUUCAACCUUGCAUGAAUUUGGUCUUAAUCCGGAAAAAAUAUUUCCUUUUCAUGUUCUGAAGGAACAUUGGAAAAAGUAUGCCAGAUUCGGGAUGAUAAUGGCUUUAAUGGUUAUUAACUUGAAGUGCACUGACAAGGAAGAUUUGAUAGAUUUUACAGAUGAUUUUCAGUUGGAUAUGAACGAACAAGAAAUGGCCGACUUUUUAAAAUUUAACGAAGAUGAUUUUAAAGUGCGAGUGAAAGAGCUUCUUAAACAUUUGUGUGAAGUGGAUGCUUUGUAAAAAAUACGUUACAUGCAGUAAUAAAAAACGAGAUUAUAGACAGCCAUGGAUUUUUGAGGAUUUGGCGUUGAUGGAAUUUUGAUCUUGUCAGAUUACCCUCAUAGUGAAAAUAAAAAAAAAUCUUCAAAAAUUCGUGGCCGUCCUUGAUCGUGUUUGUGUCACUCUUUAGGUAUUAAAUAUAAUAUUAAGUUUUCUUUUUGAGAUUGUAGAUUUGAAAAAGAGUAAAUAUUUGACCCAUUGCCAAAGAUGAUGGUUUAAUCGGUAGAUUGAUUGCAUAAAAUACCUGUUAAGUUAAGUUAUUUGUACAUAUACAGCUGCCACCGUGUUUCAAAGAUAAACAAAACUACUAGCAGCUUUUGGUAUAACUAAAACGUGACGUGGUGCUUCAGAGGUCAAGAAUGAACUUUUCUUGAAGAGAUAUUAGCCGAGUUUUGAAACCAUUCGGGAGUAGAAAAUUCAUGUUUCUGCAUUAUGUUGUUAUGUUAUGUUGUUUAUUUCUGAAUAAAGCAAUUCUUAAUA